AUAGCUUUCAUAACAAGGGCAUCCCGUUCAUACCUGGGUGGCGUUUCCAAAAACUGAACGUUUCACUACUUCUGUCCCGAAAAGUUUGAGCUGGUUGAUGACCUUCCCGUACUCUCAGGGUCUAGGCCACAAUGUAGUGCUCACUUAGUAUGCUGCUGUGCCGUUUCUGGCGCGAAGUAAUAAGUGUACCUGUUCGCACAUUCAUUGUCGUGUUAAUUUGUGUGUGUCUUUGUUGAUUAUGGAUUCCUACUUAGCAGAUGAAGAAGAAAACGAAGAUAGAGUUCCAUUACUCUUCAGUGAAUCAGGGACAGUACAACUCAUUUCAGCGCAUCAUGAUCUCAGGCCACGAGAUUCACCACAUUCGGAUGGCAUUGAAAAAAUCAGUGUAGAUAUGGACUCUGGGGAAAGAAAUGUGUUCAGUUUUAAACGAUUAUGGGCAUUCACUGGUCCUGGAUUCUUGAUGAGUAUAGCUUAUUUAGAUCCUGGAAAUAUAGAAUCCGAUUUACAAAGUGGUGCAAUCGCUAAUUAUAGGCUUCUAUGGCUUUUACUCCUAGCUACAUUGAUGGGAUUGUUUUUACAGCGUCUGGCUGCUCGUUUGGGUGUAGUAUCAGGUAAACAUUUAGCGGAAGUGUGCUACGAUGAAUAUCCUAGACCGGCACGUAUUAUGCUUUGGCUUAUGGUUGAAAUUGCAAUUAUUGGGUCAGAUAUGCAAGAAGUGAUUGGUACUGCUAUAGCUAUAAAUUUAUUAAGUAUUGGUUAUAUACCUUUAUGGGCUGGUGUACUAAUCACUAUUUUGGAUACUUUCACUUUUCUAUUUCUUGAUAAAUAUGGUUUACGUAAAUUAGAAUUCUUUUUUGGACUUUUAAUAACUACUAUGGCUGUGACAUUUGGUUAUGAGUAUGUUGUUGUAAAACCUGAUCAAGUAUCCCUUUUGCGUGGAUUAUUUGUGCCUUCUUGCCCUGGUUGUGGUUGGCCUGAAUUAGAACAAGCUGUUGGUGUAGUCGGUGCUGUUGUAAUGCCGCACAAUUUUUACUUACAUUCUGCUCUUGUUAAAUCACGUCAUGUAGAUCGGACUAAUCCAUCUUUGACACCUGCCAUUUCUACAACAUUCGUCACAAUUAUAACAGCCUUACUAACAUUGAUUUUCAGUGUGGAUAGUUUAGCUGAUUUUAUGAGUUUAGGAACGCUAAUUGCUUAUUCCAUUACUGCAAUAGCUAUUAUUAGUAUACGUUACAGAAAGCAAUCUGAUAAUCCAUUUGAGAUGAGUGAAACUGAAUCAGAUAGCAGUGAAAAGGAUAAGCCUAUUAAACAGGUGGAAUAUUACAAAAAACGUAUUGAUAAACCAGGAUUUGUAAAAUAUCCUUAUGCUCGUUGUAUGCCUAAUAUUUUAUUGAAAAUUUUCAAUUCCGGUGCACCUGGUGAUACAGUAAUUAUACUGAUGGCCGCUUAUAUCGUAUUAAAUGGUGUUUUAAUUAUGUGUUUGACAAUAGGCGCGAAACAUGAAUUAUGGCCAAUAUGGCGAAUUGUUUGUGUAGUGUUAAUUCUGUCAUUACUGAUAUCUUGUAUAAUAUUGAUGAGCAUUUUCAAACAAUUUGGACCACCUUAUAAAGGUUUAUUUCAACUUCCUUACGUUCCAUUCUUUCCAUGUGCAACAUUAACUAUAAACGUAUUUUUGAUGAGUGAACUUUCAUGGGUUACCUGGAUCAGAUUUACUAUUUGGAUAGUAAUCGGUUUAAUACUGUAUUUUGGUUUUGGAGUGAUGAACACAUAUCGAUUAUCUAAAGAUAAUGAAAGUAACAAUUCACAAACUUAUCUAUGUGAUCCAGACGAUGAGAAAGAAUUCAACAAAACCUACAUAUCUACAGAUAAGACUACAUAGACUACAUAGUUUCAAUAUCUCCUUUUUUUCAACUGGUAAUGUUUACAAAAUGGUUGGAUUCAAAUCUUUUCUUCUAUUGCUCUCUUUAGACUUGUUUAUCUUUUUUUAUCCCAUUUAUAGUUUACUAAGAAUAUUAUGAUUGCUAUUGAAAUUAUCGUUUGAUCAUUGAAUUUCAAGAAAUUGUCAAUGUAAGUACUUGAUCGUCAUCGAUAAUACUGAUAGCAAAUAACUUUUAAUGAUACUUUGAAGGUUGGUCUUAUCAACACCUUUCAAAUUCUAUAUAUAUAUAUAUAUAUAUAUAUAUAUAUAUAUA